AUGGAAUCGGCUCCCGCGACGGACCGGCGACGAAGCUGUCGGUUCUGCCGCAGUCGCAAGCUGCGCUGCUCCGGCGCCAGCGUUUGCAGCGCCUGCAAGGACCGUCAGAUCGAAUGUCUCUACGACCAGGGCGGCCCCAAGGGCCGUCCCCGCGUCACUGGCGCUCGCUCGGGCCACCGUCCAGUCGCCAGGCAAACUGGCUCCGAUCCCAUCAUGAAGCAGACCCCCUGGACCUCGCCCCCCAGUCCGUCCGAGACCGGGGCUGCCGGUCAGCUGUUUUCUCCGCGUCUCAAAAGUGUCGCCGAGGCGCUGCUGGAGGUCUCCACCGAGACCCGGGAGAAGCUGCAUGGCCAUAGCCUGGACGGCUUCCCCUUGACUCGCACCGGGUCGCUGCAUCUGGGGGCGCCCAAGCUUGGUUAUCGCGAUCUCGUCAUGGUCCUCACCCAGGAUCUGGUGGAUGCCACGGUGGCCCGGUUCAGCAGUCUCGACUGUCUCUCCUUCUUCCCCGACGAGGCUCAGUCCUGGAAACAUUCCGGGGCGUCCACCCCAGACGGGUCGUCCAAAGCCUUCGAGCCCGCGCCACUCGCCGGGUACAACAGCUACCGCAUCACCCAGCUCAUCGACGUGUGGUUUGCCGCGCACCCGUUGUCAAUCGCCCUCUCGAAGACGCUCCUGCUGCGCGCCGUCCGGGGCAACUCCUACGACCCUCUCCUGCUCGCGGUCAUCCUGGGGGGCGCUCAGCUGGAACUCGGGGACGUGGAGGCGAUCGCGGAAUCCGAGAAACUCAUGCGAUGGGCCUCGUCGCGGCUGCAGUACAUCUCGACCGCCUCGUCUGACCUCUCGACGGCACAGGCCCUGAGCUUGCUGGCGUGGCAUGAAACGUGCCAGGGGAACGACCUUCAAGCGCUGGCGUACAGCAUCUACGCCAAUCGCACGGUGACGCGGCUCACUAUGGACACCCUGGCGCGGUCCUCGCGAGACGUGCGGCAGAUCAACGGCAUCAACCUGGUGCAGAUCGAGCUGGAGAUGAUGCAUGUGCUCGGGUGGAUGACGCUGGCCCUGAUGGUAUGGUAUUUCACGCACCUGGAGAUCGUGGACGACAGCCUACCAGCGCUGGCCAUGAUGAACGCCCACCCGCCCAUGAACAAGCACGCCUCCCUGAUCCUGCGCCUCGACAGGGCAGCAGACAACCUCUCCACCCUCCCCCACCAAAGCGCCUGGAUCCAAGAGAUCUGGACGAUCAGCCACAUCACCUCCGCCGUCGUGCACCUCAACUCCAUCUGCCCGCGGCGGUCCAACGCCCCUGAGUCGCCACUCUCGCAGCAGAACUCCUGGCAAACCCAGCUGCACCAGCAACUUCGCAACAUCCAGCUCUACAAAGUCGACCUGGGCAACCUCUGCGGCGAGGCCCGCGCCGUACUCGCCCGCAACGUGCAGAUUAUCGAGGCCAACAUGGAGGACCGCGAGGCCCAGACCUGGAUCCUAACCGCCUACCGCACGCUCCUCAUCCACCUCCUCUUCCCGCGCAUGGACAUGGGUAUGGGCAUGGACGCCAUCGCCGUCACGGUGGACCUCGUCCAGAGCCUCACCGACUGCAUCUCCUUCUUUUCCCACAGCUUCCCCGUCCUCGCCAACCUCCCCUCCUCCACCGCCGCCCUCACCCCGUCCAGCACCCAGUCCUACGUCCGCUCCUACAUGGCCGGUCUUGAGGCCUGCGGCAGCGCCAUCGACACCCUCUUCUCCCUGUCCCACAAGCAAUGGCAGUGCUGGGAGCCCCCUGUCCUCCAGGGCCUCGCUCGUCUGCUGGGGCUGGCCACGAAACUUGACUCGCUUUUCGCAGAUGAUACUCUCCUCACCGACUGGCGCUGGCGCACUGUCAAGGACCGGUUCCAUCGUCUCUCGAAAUACAAACAGGAACUCGAUCUCCAACAAUCCGUUCCACCCGUCUGGGACGGCAUGACUGUGCCUAUCUAUGCCAACACGCCGGGGGAACUUCCCUACGUCACGGGGUUUAGUACGGUGGAUGCUGCGUUUCAAUGA